UAUUCAAAUUUUUCUUUUUCAAUUACGAAAAUAAUUGAGACGGCCUAACCUCUAAUUUAAAUAACUCAAAUUUAUUCAUAACUUAACUCGUUACCUUGUGUCUGUACUUUAUCGAGUUAAUUUAUUCACCAAAAACAAAGUUUCCUAAAUAACCUAAAUAAUUUAAAUUCAUUCACAGUUUACUUUAAUCUAUUUACCAAAAACAAGCUUUUUCGUUAAGAGUUUGCAAAACGUUGUUAAAAAAAAAAAGCACUGAUUUCAACCUAUGCGAGCAGCCAAGCAGGAUGUACUUGCUAACCAUUAAAGUUGAAACCAAUUGAAGGUUGGCGAUGGUCGGGGCGAGAAAAAGUGUCACCUAAUUAACGUGAGCGGCAGCACCGUCGCUAAUCGGUGAGUAGGUCCAAACCUCUAAAUAGGAUUACUUAUUAAUGACCAACGAUUUGCUGGCUACCAAGAGAAGUAAUGGACUCGUUCCUUUGAUAAUUGUCAACCUCGUGGCAAGGAAAUAGAGAAGUGUACAGUUGUAUUGCAGCUCGUCCCUUUUUACGAAUUCAUCGAUGGUACGGACGAAAGUCUAACAAAUUGAAUCAAUGGCAGAAGCGGGCACAAAUCUUAUGGGCAAAUUUACACAAAGUGUUCGAAGAAUCGUCCAAGAUGUAAAGGAUGAAGGAACAUCGAGUGGACAAACUAAGGAAGAGGUGAUUGAAACGAACGAGAGACUAAGAAUCGUGAGGAUACGCCUCGAUGGAAGUUACGAGAUUGCGAAACGUGCCCUCGUUGAACUUAUGUGCAAAUAUACCGACAGCAAGCAAGUACGCAACGUGUUUCAACGUUACAACCUCUUAAAACUAAUGAUUAAGGAUGUGAUCAAGUUGGAGACCCAAUAUUGGACUCUGGUGGAUAUACCGAAGCAGGAGAAACAGGAGACCGUGCCUGCCUUUGUCCUGCGCGCCUGUUCCAUUAUGGAGAAGACCCACAAAAGCGGGGAAGGUGUGAAGACUUCGGCCCGACUGGCCGAAGAAGCUGAAACCAAGAGAGAACGCAUUGAAAGACUCGAGAGUAUGACAACAGCCCAAAUCGAAGCAGAGAACACGCAAAUGACUAACGACCUUUAUAGAUUAUUGAAAAAAUAUACAGGACUGAGAAAUCUCAUCCGAGAUUUAAAGGAGGAGUACAAUAGCUCAAAAGUGUAUCCAAUCUUUCCUCGUUAUCCAAUCCUAAAGGACAUGAUCAAGGAUAUAAUGCACAACCCAGACUAUAUGGAGGUCUGUCACGAGGUGGAUCAAGCAUAGCGGCCAGACCCCCUCCACCGUUCUCCACGUAUGACCUUGUAAAUUUCAAGGUCUUAGCGUGGACGUUGGUGAAGGGGGUGAACCGGAAACGAGCCUGGACAUGGCUUACUUCAUCCAUGGUGAACUAUAUUCGCCAUAUGCCAAUUCUGUAAAUUUCUUUCACAUCUUGAUAAUAUCCUCUUUAUGGACAUUUAUACACAUAUCUGUGUUUGUUGCACGCUGAUCAAAAUGAUAAUUUAUCAUAUCGUUAUAUUAUUUAUUUGAUUGUGUACUGAUACAAAAAUUUAUGAGGAAUCACAUAUACAUAUAUCACGUGUUAUAUAUUAUUUUCAAAUUAAUUUGAAUAUUCUAUUUAUAGUUUGUGAAUGUGAGUAUGUGAAUUAAAAAAAUAAUAAUAGAGAAUGUUGUGUGAAGACAGAAGUAAAAGGAGAGAUUUUAUUAACAAGUUUAUAUAAUUGCGAAGGGAAGAUUCUUUUGAAGCAUGUUGGAAUGAUGCUUUUAGUGUAAUCGAGUCGUGUUUUGUCGUGUAUUCGAAAUCAUCAGAGAUCUGUUACUUGCCGACGAUGUUAGCGAACGAAUUUGAAUCCAAUGGUGAAAUCCAUUAAUUACACUGUCAAAUAAUUCACAAAAUUUCAAUUCAAAGGAAAGAUGGAUCUGUUGGUAUUUUCAAAAAUUUUGAAAAAAAUAUUUAUAUUUUCCAAAUUACCUAUUUCAAAUAUUCUUAUUUACCACACACUGUCAAAGAGUAAACAAGCAAUAUUACACAGCAUAAAAAAUAAAAAGAAAAAGAAAAAAAAUAAAAAAAAACACCAAGUAAUAAAAUGAGAAAUAAUUCCAACACACAAAGAAGAAAUAAAAAUUGAUCAUCAUAGUUUGUUAAUUCCAAUCGGAAUAGCCGCUUGCACGUUGAAACACAAAAAAAAUACGAGAUUACACCUUCGCGUUUCACGCGACGAGAAUGGUGUACAAUUUUUAUUAAGGCAGCUAAAAAUGUCGCUCAUCACAGGAAAAAAAUCCUGCAAAUGUUAGAUAAGAUACGCCCUCCCCAUCGUUGACUGUUUGUGCGAGUGUCUUUGUGUGAACAAAUUAUACCAUAUCGUAUGCUCGUGGGUAUGCUUAUUUGGAAUAGAAGAGAAGAAAUUGUUUAACCUGUUAACCGGAAUUAUUAUUCAUCCAAAAUC